AUCGCUUCUCUCUCUGACGGAUGGCCGAUGUUGCACCGGGAAAGGACCAGAGACUACUAUCGAGUCUACACUGCAGAUGCAGCACUGUUCGCUCGGACAUUGGCGUAUCGCGCCGAAGGUCAGCCCUUUUUCAAGCUUAUUGAACCUCCCCGUUUCAAUUUAGACAUCGACACAUUCAAGGAGUCCAUCGCAAACCCCUACCUCGCGGCCCGAAUACUAUGGCUAAAGCAACGUCAAGCUAAAGGCAAAGAACAGUAUCCAACCGAAGGGCAUUAUCGUGAGCUUACAUUGGAAUAUGGAAGCUUACGCAAGGGCCUGAGCGAUCGGAUGCAAAAAGAGUACCUCGAUGAACAAGGAGGUCGAAGCUCUACGUGUCUGGAGUGGUACCUUUUCACCGGUAUGGUUUCAUACUUGACCUGUUGUCGGUACAAGCAAGCAGGGUUCAUUGGUGAGUUGGAUGCAGUGCUGGAUGAGCGAAGCGUUGCUCUCAGCGAAACUUCAUCUUAUGACGGGAAUGACAACGAGGCCACAGAAGACGAGAACGAUCAAAAUGCUGAUGAAGACAACGACAAUAUGGAGGGCAUCGUACCAUCCGACUCCCAAGACAACGGCCAUGACUCUGACACGAGCAGGGAGGUCUCACCUAGUAAACGACCACCAAUCUACCCAGCGGUAUCGGACUUCACCACACCUUGUACCGAAGAAGCAAUGGCAGCGAGUGAUGAGACCGACCGCCGCUGCUAUGCCUGUUAUUACGAUUACAGAGUGUCCUUCUCGCAUUCGAACAGAACCGAGCCAGCUGUCCGUACUCCCUGCGGCCACGUUCACGGUAUCAUCUGUCUCAAGAAACACCUGAAGAAAGGCAGAGCCACUUGUCCCGUAUGUCGUGGAAGACUGUUCGGGUUUGAUCAGCGCCUUGAUUCCCAUGAAAGCGGCAUGUAUGUUCGUCUGGUGCAGGCUAUAGAUGGCAUCGCCAAGCUAGAUCCGGCUAUCGAUCGCUAUCUGUUGGAGGGUCAGAAAGAAACACAUAACUUCGACUUUGCGGAACUUCUCGGAGACCUCUUCAAGCUUUGUGCGCGUACUAUUACUUGUCGGUCUGAACUGCGAAAAGCGAUUCCUGUCGAAGUCGCAUCGGAAGGGUUGUAA